UUUCGCUCGAAAAGCCAGGUCGCUCGCUCGGGUUCGACACGAUGAAUGUGAGCUGGUAUCGGCACGAGAGCUUUGCGUGGGCCCGCAACAAGAGCCUUCGCGUUCGACCCAGUGGCGUGGCACUCGCCAUCGGACCGGUCGUGCCAGAAGCCCCGAGAGGCCGACGCAGGCUGUCCUACCUCGCGAGCCUCGUCAUUUGGAUCACGCUCUCCGCCAACUCGCUCCUCGACCCGAUCAAGACCCUCUACGGCUACUAUCUCUACACCGAGAGCAACCACCGCGAAAGUGUGUGGGCGCUUGUCGUCACCAACACCUUCAACAACAUCUCGUCCAAAGUCUGCUCACCGAAUGGACCGUUCCUCGACUGCUACUUCGAGCUACCUGUGUACGGCACUGGGUCGCUCGCCGGCGCCACAUGUCGGUCGUACUACCCCAUCGAUAAGAGCGACACCCAGCACAUUGGCAGCUUCUUUGGCAACUGCACACUGCCGUCCGGUGAGCGCAUCGACAUGCCGAGCGAUCUCUUUGCGACGACUCAGUGGUCGCUGCAGACCGCUUCCACCGAUCGCAGCUGCCUCGCCACGCUUGGCGAAGGCGACGCGUUUCCUUGCGACUCGUACACGACGGGCAGCGGGCGCGUCAUCAACUACCGCGUCAGCAAGACGGCGACGACCAAAUGGUGCAAGGAGUUUGGCGGCUACUUCUUACUCAACCACCACACGGGCAUUCAAGAGGUGCUUGUCGCCAAUGUCUCGAACGCGUCCACCCCCGUCUUCUCGAGUCUGCGCCUCGACUACGCGACUCCAGUGUUUAGCCUCGAGGACCUCCUCGGGUGCGCAGGCGACUUGUACGUCGGCGCCACCGCCGGCCACACGACGACGACCGCGUGGUACGGCGACACGGUCGGCGCGUGGACGGCGCGGACGUCGAGCGCUGCCAAGUCGAUGGUGAUGACGCGCAACGUCGACGGCACGUACAUCUAUUCGGCGCUUUCGUGGUUCGAAGGCGCCGUGACCCAGAUCGGGCCCAUCUAUAGGGACCUGUUUCGUUGCAGUUUGUUGCUACUCGUGACGGUGUACCGGAUCUCGUCCAUUUACUACCCGAUCUGGCUUGUCUACAAGCGACAGGGCCGGACGUUCUGGGCGUGGGCUGCUGCGCGUCACAUGGGUCUCGUCUUGCACAAGCGUGAGCGACGCAGUCUCCCGAUCCUGACCAUCUUGUCGCUCGAGGCGUUGCUGAGCACGGAUGACAUUGUGUCCAACUGCCAGCACGCCAUUUACACGGUCCCGAGCUCGUAUUUCUCGAUCGUUCUGACGUACAUGUCGAUCACGCGCAUCAUUUGGCCCUGCGCGUUCUUUCUCCUCCUCUUUUCCCGGCUCAUCGAGUGGACGAUUGGGCCGCAUUUUGCAUUUGCGCUUUCCGAAGACCUCUUUCUCCUUGGCGCACCGGUGGUUUGGAUCUACCUCCCGGCCUACGUCACGACGCAGGGCAUGAAGCUCUUCCAUGGCUAUCGCUGGAACGGCGUUAUUGUUCGCCACUACGUGAGCAGCAUCCGAAACGUUUACUCGAACCAAGUCAACAACCUGGCGCUCUACACUCAGCUCUUUGGCUACUUCACUGCGAUCUCGUCUGCAACGACAAUUGGCGUCGGCUGUCUCUGGCAGGCUGUGACGCACACGAGCUCGAUCAUGAGUUACCUUCUCUCGCCGCACCGCAGCGCGUGGCGACACACCCCGCGCGAGUGCAAGACGAUCGAAGACGUUUUGAUCGCGUCCUCGGAGCGACUCCCGCCCGAAAUCGCGUACCAAAUCACCAAAGCCAAGUGGCCGCAGACCCAACAGUGCGAGGCCAUGAACCUCGCGUCCGAGGGACUCGUCAGCCUCGUCUACGGUCCGUGGCACGUCGUCGGCUUUACCGAGUGGGGGUUUGUGUUCCCACUCACGAAUGCAAAGGGCCACGCAGCAGUCAUCGAUGGCUGCACAGUCCAGUUUCGACCCGACGUCACACAUGAGACGCUCGCAAGUCUCACGGCGACGCCGGCUCGCCUCGGGAUCCCAGACCUCAUGUAGCACUGUGUGUAAAUACGUAAGCUUAGUACAACAUAGGACAAGUGGUUCUAGUGCUGUAGACCGCGCACGAUGGAGUAACUUGGCGCUCCGUGGUGUACAAAUUGCA